AUGUUGUGCAAGACGUGGUUUUCAUUCCUUCUCCUGGCAUCGUCCGAGCCAGUGUCGGCCUUGUGGCCUGCGCCUAGGAGUUAUAGCAAGGGGAAAACAUCGCUGUUUAUUAAUGAACAGAUCCAAGUUACAUACAAUGGACAGCGCAUGCCAUACGUGUUCGGGUACGAGCCCACAAGCAUAGACAGCAAAGACAUUGUGCAGGGAGGUGUAUCUCGGUCUUUGGGCUCCAUCUUCAAGAGGAACCUUGUACCUUGGAAGCUCACUACCAAGAACAAGAUUGACGAGUUCGAACCGCCACUGGGCGGUAAGUCAGCCUCUGUCAAAUCGCUUGCCAUCACUCAGCCGAAACAGGACCAGCCAAACACCUUCAAGGCGCUGGCGGGGGAGGUCGAUGAGUCCUACGCUUUGACUAUCGACAAGGACGGAAAUGCGAAGCUCUCAGCCAACUCUUCCAUUGGUGCGUUGCGGGGUCUCGAGACUUUCUCUCAGCUGUUCUACCAGCACUCAACCGGCACGUGUUGGUACACGCCUUAUGCACCUGUGUCGAUCGAGGAUGCCCCCCUGUACCCUCACCGUGGCGUCUUGUUCGAUACGGCCCGCCAGUGGUAUCCCGUUGUGAACCUGCUGCGCACCAUCGACGCCAUGUCUUGGAACAAGAUGAACCGGUUGCACGUGCACGUAACCGACUCUCAAUCAUGGCCUCUUGAUCUCCCGUCUAUGCCCGAGGUGGCACGUGAGGGUGCCCACAGGCGCGACCUAAUCUACUCGGCCGACGACAUCCGCCGGGUGCAGGAGUACGGGGUGCACCGGGGAGUCCAGGUCUAUUUUGAGAUCGAUAUGCCGGGCCACAUCGGGUCCCUGUAUCAUUCUCACCCGGAGCUCAUCGUCGCCUACAACGAGCAGCCGUACUACCACUACUGUGCUCAGCCCCCCUGCGGCGCCUUCAAGAUCAACGACACCCGUGUGGACGCCUUCCUCGAGAAGCUGUUUGACGACGUCCUCCCGCGUGUGCACCCAUACUCGGCCUACUUUCACACGGGUGGCGACGAGCUCAAUGCCAACGACUCGAUGCUUGACGAGAACAUCCGGUCCAACAAGAGCGAGGUGCUGCAGCCGCUUCUCCAAAAAUUCAUCGACAAGCAGCACGAACGGGUGCGCAGCCACGACCUUACGCCCGUGGUCUGGGAGGAGAUCCCUCUCGAUUGGAACGUGACUCUUGGGAAAGACGUGCCCGUGCAGUCAUGGCUCGGAAAUGCCAAGAAACUCGCCGCGGCAGGCCACAAGGUCAUUGACAGCAACUAUAACUUUUGGUACCUGGACUGCGGCCGCGGCCAAUGGAUCAACAUGGACAACGGCGCCGCCUACAGAAACUUUUAUCCGUUCAACGACUGGUGCGGUCCAACAAAGUCGUGGCAGCUCGUCUACUCGUACGAUCCCAGGGCGGGCCUGAGCGAGGAGGCCGCCAAGCUCGUGCUGGGCGGCGAAGUGGCCGUCUGGAGCGAGACGAUAGACGAACAGACGCUCGACUCGAUCCUCUGGCCGCGGGCCAAUGCGGCGGGAGAGGUGCUCUGGUCCGGCAGGAUCGACCCGGCGACGGGCCAGAACAGGAGUCAGCUCGAAGCCAUCCCCCGACUGAGCGAGAUGAGGGAGCGCCUGAUCGCCCGAGGCGUCCGCCCCGCGGCACUCACACAGCUCUGGUGCACACAAGCCAACCCGGUCGAGUGCUCGUACCCUCUUUAG